AUGGCCGGACAAGCAUUUAGAAAGUUUCUUCCACUUUUUGACCAAGUAUUGGUCGAAAGGAGUGCAGGGGAAACUGUAACCAAAGGAAGCAUUAUGCUUCCAGAAAAAAUUCAAGGAAAAGUAUUGCAAGGUACAGUAGUAGCUGCAGGAUGGGGCUCUAAAGGAAAGGGUGGAGAGAUUCAGCCAGUCAGUGUGAAAGUUGGAGGCAUCAAAGUAGUUCUAGAUGACAAGGAUUAUUUCUUAUUCAGAGAUAGUGACAUUCUUGGAAAAUAUGUAUACUGA